CCCACAGUGCCAGGACUUGAGGAGAGAAGCGCUCACACGCACUGUACUCACGGCGCCUGCUCUGGUCCGCUCCUUCGACAGUGCGCAGCCUAUAAUUCAGCACAGACAAGAGACACCCUCGACCAGUUCCCGGACUCUACCCUAGGCUACUGCUGAGGACGUUCUAACAGGACAUGCCUCGAAGAGCGGAACAACGAAUCCAAUGUAUUGCAAAGGAAGAGGUUGACAUCACACGUGAGUCAUUUGGAGAGGCAGAGGUGUAUAAACAAACGGAGCAGAUAAAGAUGAACAUUACCAUGCCCUGUCUCUAUCGCCACCACCACAUUCGUUUAGCUUCUUUUUCAUUUUCUGCACAGACGCAGAAUAGGUGGAAUUAUUGAUUAAAAGGGAAGAGGAUUCCAAUGUGGACGGGAGAGGAGAGGAGACACUCGUGACAAUGAGAGUCACAUCAAUUUAGGAGCGGCCCUUCAGAAGAUAGCCGUUUAUAUGUGAAGGACAGAAAUGAAGUCGUCUCCAGGAUAGCGCUGCGAGCGAGUGCAUCCGAUCGGAGUUUGCUGGCGAUCUGCGGGACUGCUGCUCCCCGUAUUUGCGGCCAUGCUGCGGGAAGCAUCAUCCGAGCUCUUCACCGACUUGAGGGGCUUUUACCAGCCGAUUGUUAUUACAGUGAAUUCGUUAAAAUUAUUUCGUUGUCUUGAAGACGGCUAUUCCCGAGGCUUUUUUGCAAUAUUUGUUUCAUCGUUUGCUAAAGAACUCUGCGCAGGGAGAGCUGAUCAUAUUUCACAUAGCUCUGACAUUUGUAUCCUAACAAAAUUCUGUGGAAAACAUGUAAUUAUUUAUAGACUAUGUUCCGUGAAUUGCGGAACAAAAGUUGUGGGUUGUGUCCCGGGUUGGGUAGUGUAGGCCUAUGGGGUUAAGUGUUUCUCUGUUUGUGUUUAAAGUAGGCACGCAUAGCAGCCAAUUCGCUCAAGCUUAUUAUGUGAGUUAGGCAUUGUAUUAAAAUCUGAAUGAAUGUGUUGGAUGUUGUUUCCCCUACUGGUAUUGCACUCUAACAGCUGGACAGUGUACUAUUCACGAGGGGACAGGUGUGUUGUCCAGAGAGUCAGGUGGAGAACGAACCCAGAAGUCCUAUCCACUUUAAGCCCUUUAUGGGGGGGGGGUUAAUGUUUAGUGCAAAAACAAAUAUUUUUAUGCAAGUCAGCCUUGCAUGACUGCCUUGGGGAGCAAGUCACUUCUUACAGCAGAUUCUAACAUCCGAACAUGGGCACCAAACAGACCAAAGGUGCAGGGUGCCAAGAGGCUGGGCCCAGCCCACAGCACGGGUGGAAACGGACCCCUACCAAGGAGAGGGGUGACAUCUUCACCUCCUUCAUGUUGAGGUCAGGGGACCGGCUGAGUCGUGGAGGGUCCCCUCCGCCCUACCAGCGCCGGAUAAGCAUGAUCCAGGAGAUGAUGCUGAUGGCCAAGCAAGGAAAACAGGACAAGGCCACAGAGAUGCUGCAGACACUCCGGCAGGACUUGGGGAUGGAGUCCACGUCUCUGGAUGAUGUGCUGUACCGUUACGCCAGCUUCAGGAACCUGGUGGACCCCAUCACCCACGACCUCGUCAUCAGCCUGGCCAGAUACAUCCAGUGCCCCCCCAAGACCGGCCCGGGGGAGGAUUCUCUGGGUGCCAUGGAGAAGGUGUGUCGCCAGCUGACCUAUCACCUGAGCCCACACUCACAGUGGAGACGGCAGGGCAUACUGAAGAGGAAGCCGCUGGCAUGUCUCAAGGUCAUGCUGUCGACCCCUCCCCCUAACGGGACGCUGGACCUUUCGGGCAUCCCCCUGACAGUGCGUGACAUGGAGCGCCUUUGUGCCUACCUGCAGCGCCACGCGCCCAUCAUCUGCAGCCUGGAGCUGGGCUUCACCGAGCUCACCGACGACGCCUUCCUCCUCCUCCUGCCCACGCUGGCCGCCCUGCCCCGCCUGGAGACCCUGGCCCUCAACGGCAACCGACUGACCCGUGCCGUCCUCAAGGAGCUGACGGACAGCCUGAAGGACCCGGCCAGCUUCCCCAGUGUCACGUGGAUCGACCUGGGCAACAACGUGGACAUCUUCUCCCUGCCCCAGCCUUUCCUGGUGAGUCUGAGGAAGCGCUGCCCCAAGCAGGGCAACCUGCCCACCAUCCUGGAGUUUGGUGAGAGCCAGGCCAGCGAGCCCGAGGGGAGGGUGGGGGAUGAUGACGAUGACAGGGAUGACACCAACAGGACAGUGAGCAUGGAUGAACUGAGGUCGGAGGUGGAGGGAGAGACAGAGAUUGAGGAGAUGAUGGAAGAGUUGUUGGACUUUGACCUGGAGGUACAGGGGAAGGAGAACGAGAUAGAGGACAGCAUGUGGACAAUGGAGGAGCAGAGGAGGGAGGGACAGAGGAAGGAGGAGACACGGGGACAGGGAAUUAGGAAGAUGGUGGAGAGGGCGGAGCUCGAGGAGGAAGACACAGAGAGUGAGUCCUCCCACUUGUCGUGCUCCAGCCACUCGCAGCAUUCCUCAAGAGCGGUUGAUCUAAUGAAGGAGGAUGGAGAGAAGGGGACUGAUCACGUAGACCACCUAACCUGAGCAAGAACC